AAAAUCCUAGCAUGCUAUGAUUGUGUAUCAGCUUUGCUUCCUUACCUUGUUCCGGCCGUGUUCUGUAGCAAGUCAUUAUCAAGAUUCUUUGCUGGCAGUUUUGGCAUUCUAUUCAGCAUUCUUGUAAUUUGCUGAUAACCUCUAGGAUUCAUCGAAUGUUAGGGCAAAUAACUUAUUGCUUCGAUUACACAGACUCUGAUUAACACAUUUAGUGCCAGGUUGGCUCUUACAGAAGCAGACAGAACAUUUCUUGCGGAUUACAAUGGAUUAAUUAAUGAUUUGAUUGUGAGUGAUGUUAAUGAAGUAUGAAAGGCACAUGGCGUAUCAUAGCGGUGCUGCUGCUCUUUUGGCUCGCAGUCGUUCUUUACAUGAGCACAACACUGUUUCAGUCAGGUGACCUAGGCGAGCGUGCGGAGAAACAGUUACAGCAGGCAUUGAAGGAACUCGACGCCCUCAAACAUCAGAAUGACGAAUUGUUCAAGCUGGCGGGAGAAAUAAGAGAUUUAAAAACUUCAAGUGGAAAGGGUCACCUGCUGGCAUUGAAGAAACUCCAGGAGAAGCUGAAGAAGGUGACGGAGGAAUUGGAGAAGGCUGAACAUAACAAAGCAACUGUGAUCUUACAAAGUGAUGUCCCAGAUAUACGAGCAGGAGCGAGUGUUCUGGGUACAAGGCAUGAAAAAUUACGACGUAAGAUAAACAAUGGUGUGAAAGAGAUGUGGUAUUACCUCAGCAGCGAACUUAAAAAACUCAAGAUAGGUGCUAUUAAGGACCCAGUUAGGCUCAGCAGACAAAUAGAUAAUGCAUUAGAAAAUGGUGCUGAACAUCACAGAGUGAUAUUAAGUGAUCUCGGGGUGUUGAGUGAGAGUGACGGGGCCAAGGAGUGGCGGGAGAAGGAGGCCAAGGAUCUGAUGGACUACAUCAACAAGAGAUUCAAACAAUUACAGAAUCCCAAAGAUUGCAAGACAGCCAAGAAAGUUGUUUGCAACCUGAACAAGGGUUGCGGGUUUGGAUGCCAGAUCCACCACGUGGCUUACUGCAUGAUCAUAGCCUACGGCACAGGGCGCACCCUCGUCCUAGACUCGCGUGGAUGGCGCUACUCUCACGGGGGGUGGGAGAAAGUGUUCAAGCCGCUCAGUGACACUUGUCUUGAUAAGUCCGGGACUUCCAGUAGAGCUUGGGGUGCUAAGGAGGUUAUAGAAAACAUCCAAGUGGUGGAAUUACCAAUUGUUGAUAGUUUGCACCCUCGGCCAGCAUUCAUGCCGUUAUCUGUCCCAGAAGACAUUGCACCUCGGUUGACGCGUCUCCAUGGCAACCCGAUUGUGUGGUGGAUUGGUCAAGUUUGUCGUUUUCUAAUGAGACCGCAGCCACGUUUACAAAAAGACUUAGAUUCGAUACGGGAAAAGUUAGGAUUUAAAAAUCCCAUUGUGGGGGUCCACGUGCGUCGAACGGAUAAAGUUGGCACUGAGGCAGCUUUCCAUAAAGUAGAAGAAUAUAUGUUGCAUGUGGAGGAGUUCUAUCGAAAAUAUGAAUUAACAAAACCAGUCGAUAAGCGGCGAGUUUACCUUGCAUCGGAUGAUCCAUCUGUCCUUCCUGAUGCCAAGCAAAAAAAAUGGUCUGUCAAAUACCCUAACUAUGAAUUCAUCGGUGAUAUUGAGAUUUCCAAAACUGCUGGUUUGAGCAGCCGGUACAGUGAUGCAUCCUUGCACGGUAUCAUAGUCGACAUUUAUCUUCUUUCAUUGUCGGACUUCCUCGUCUGUACAUUCUCAUCUCAGGUGUGUCGAUUAGCAUAUGAACUUAUGCAGACAUAUCACCCUGACGCUCAUGAUUGGUUCCGUUCACUCGACGAUAUCUUUUAUUAUGGCGGCCAAAACGGGCACGACCAGCGAGUGAUUUAUCCGCAUCAACCAAAAGUCUUCGGAGAACUUGAACUUAAACUCGGUGACCUGAUAGGUAUUGCUGGUAACCACUGGGACGGUUAUUCAAAAGGGACAAAUAAACGGACGGGGAAGGUUGGGUUAUUCCCGUCGUUUAAAGUGGAGGAUCGUGUCGAAUCAGUCAAGAUGGCGACAUUUCCUGAACUUGACGAGGAGGAGGAGGAAAAGACGAGGUGAUGACACGUCACCGUAGAUAGUAAUAGUUCAAAUGUGCGUUUUUUAUAUAUUUUUCUAUACCCAUGAUUCUAGUCUACAUGUGAUCAGUCGCCACACCAGGGAGCAUUAUGCCAUGAAUCUGUCAUAAUAUGCAUAGUUUGGUUUCAAAAUGAGAUAAAUCCAUUUUUGAAAUUUUUGACAAAUUAGAGAUAUUUUGGACAGUAAGUCAGUAUUUGCAUCACAGAUUGAAAUGGUAUAUGACAUGAUUUCAAACUCCUUGUGUCUGCCUGUGUUGAUACUAAUUAUCUGCUCACAGUGUGAGUGCUUCUCUGCAUUUGAUAGCUUAUUAUCAAGAUGAGUGAUUUGCUUCUAGUUUGCUUUGCCUGCAGUACAACACCAGAGUAGCUAACUCAGAAAUUUUAGGUAUGGCGUUUAUCUCGAUUUGUAACCAAACUUGUCAUCUCAUUUUCUUGCCAGUUUGUACUCGAUUGAAAAUGUAAUGAGUUUCUUGUCCCCUUGUGUGGCAGUUGGUCACAUUGGAGCUCAUUCAAAUACACUUGUACAUAGAAACUGUUUGUUUGGAAGUUGUGGUAAUAUAUAAUAAAAUCAAAGGGAAAUAGUGAGCAGAAUGAUGCUUCAUUAACCUGAUUGAUUUUCAAAUAAAUCCAAUUUUUUAGAACGGGAUCACUUUAUAACUUGUUCACAAGUAACUUGAAGGCAAAUAGUCAGGAUAGCAUGUGAUUUUCAAAACUUCAAAAGUCAAAGCGCAAUAUUGAGACAAUGAACUAGCCAGUGACAUGUCAAAAUUGACUGGUCUAAGUCGAUCUCAAUGAGAAAGUGAUGUCACUUGUUGCCCCUAGUUAUUCUCAGCCCCAGGUUUACCGCUACAGGUGGAAACAACUGGGUAUUUUUCUGCAGGGUUUGAUGCUGUUCAGUGUAACACCAUCAAUUUUUGUGGUAGGCCAUUCAAGAAUGUCAUUGUGACCAUUUUCUGAUCUAGUCAUAUCAUGAAAAUGCAGAUGAUUGAUUAACGUAAACGCUGUGGCUCUUCUUACUUGAGUGUUAAUCAUAUCCUGCAUAGAGUGGUGAUCACAAGCUGGGGUCAACAAUGGGGGGGGGGGGGGGGGACAGUAUCAUAUGGUUUAUGGUCAUGUGAGACUAGCCACAGCUAUGUGACUUUAUACUAUUAUUAUCAUAACGUGCAAUCAUUAACUAAUCUGCUGAUUUCAACUCAAGAUUUCUUCUUCUGCAAUAAGCAAGGACCAUAACAUUGUAUAUUAGAGUAACUUGUAUUCUUUUACCUAUUUGAACUGUGAGGAUGUUAACACUUUCAUGCCAACGUUGCACACCCAACACCCCUUUUCAGACCCCAGGGGAAAAAUCGAUCAGAGAAAACUGUACAAGGUCAACUGUUUAAAAUCAGCUGCUGGGGUAUUUACACAGAGAGGUAUCUUGGUGAGGUAGAUCUAAGUCAGAUGGCGCUGAAAGUGUUAACCACUGAGUGUUUUACAUGACUAUGUUUCACUGCCAAUUCCGGUUACUAUCAACUCCUAAUGAGAUAAAAUGGAGGAGAACUAGCCCUUCUGUUGUGUUCUAUUCACAAUAUUCUCGAGUGUCUGAUGAGAGAACAUGGGCAGGGGUAAGCUUUCCCCCAUUUCACCUUGCAUUAUUUAUUACUGCUUUAACCAUCAUGAAAUUGACUUGGAAAAAAGUUUUUUCUAUCAGGUGUCAUUUCUUACCGUAGAUGUUGCUACAUAUAAACAAAUACUGCAUUGUAUGUCAAUCCUUACCGUAAACUAUUCAGGCACAUUUUUGUAUGCCAGAGAGAAACAUGACAGAAAUUGUGCAAAUUGCGACAACGACUGUGAAGACUCACAUGUAUUCGGGGGAGAUUGAAUUCAAUGAUAUAUUUCGGACUUAUAGUAGGAACUUAAAAUAACAUCACAGUAAGGAAGGAUAGACAUGACACUAAAUGUAUUUCAAGCACAAAUACUAUGGUUGAAAUAUUACUGUCCUUUUGAACAUGGGCUGAGCGCAAAACUAGGGUGUGUACAUUAAACGUUAUUUUGAAAACCCAGUUUAUGACUCCAAUGGGAAUACCAUAAGAUAAAGUUGUGUUCCAACAGUAGUGUGACCAGCCCCUAGCAGAUAGCAGCACCAAACAGUUUUGUAACAUUGCACUGAUAUCUGGGGCUUACUCAAUUCAUUCAAAAUUGUGACUAUCCAUAGUUUUCGCUCAGCUUGCGGAAUUUCGACAUUCGUCAUCUACUCUGAUUCUGUAUUAUACUCACUUCUGUAUUAAGGUAUUGUCACCACUUUUGUGCUGCCAACCACCAUCUCCUUGGAUAAAAAACGGUGUUAAGCUUUAACUGUUACUCUUCGUCGGCUCUGACAAACGAACCUAUAUUCUGUGUGUUUAUUUUUUUUCAAAUAAAUUUUGUAGCUUUGUUUUUGUAACUUAUGAAAUGAUGACCUAGGAUGAAAUCAUUCCUAUAAAUGGGACAUUAUCACCCGGCUGACGACCAACUUUUGUGGCUGCAACCUGGAAUCAUGAACACCUGCGACAAAAUCACUCUGCGAUGGUUAUUGCAGGUGCCUGUGAUCGACAGCUUGCCAGAAUAUAGAACUAGCGCCGGUCUCCAAUUAUUUAAGGGUCACUUUUUUACAUGCUAAAUGUAUUGGGAUUGCGUUGCGUUUGACCUCAAUGUUGAUCUUCCUUCAGGUCGUUUGUACUCAAGAAUUGGUACAGCACGUGCUCCUUUAGUCACAACUUUUAGUUGUGUUUAAGUCUGCUUAUAUCUUUUGGUUUCAUUUGAGGCACUAGUUGAUUGGCCGUUUUACUGACCUAGUACUCUUUUAUAUGUGGAUGAAUACAUGAAUAAUGAAGAUAUUGUUAAAGAUAGCUUUAUAAUGUGAGUGUGUAGAAUUGGGGAAUAAUGUACUAAUGGCUACUGUACUUACAGAAAACCCUUCUUUUUGGGUUUACAUGACUUAUAUUCUGAUUCUGUCUCUAGUUUACACUGGGAACUAAUUCAACAAAUUGAGUGACUCUCUUAAAGUUUAUUUUGUAUUUUGUUUGUAUCUGGUAUUUAUUAAUGUAGAAAUAGUUUAGUUUUGUCACAUGUAUCACUAACUACUAUCAAAAUCAGUCAUGACUUAAUUCAGGGUUUUUGCAUCAUUCUGUAUACAUGUUCACACACUGCUGAAACUGUCAAAAGGAAGUGACUAUCAAUGAUGAUUCUUCUAGUCCUGUAUGCAGAGUAGGCCUUGGCUCUGCAGGGUAUUUUCGCCAACUCAGCCUUUGGAAUCUUUUUCUGCCUUGCAAACUAAUAAUAGUCUUGAUGACGUAUUCCUCUUAAAUCCAUUGUUGUAGAGGACACAGAGCUCUCUAGAUUUAUGGUAGGCCUACAGUAGAAUUUUAUGUUCCAAUCAUUGUUAUUAGCAUUAGUGCAUUGCAUCACAAGCCUCACGUUUUUCCUAGAACUGCAACUUGCUUGUUAUUUUUGUUGUCCUACUCAAUUAACUGAGCAUUUAACUGGAACUAUGAUUGUCAUAACUCUCAGUUGUGAGGAAUAUUUUUGGUUUUCGUGAUACUUGCUAUGCUCUGUCUCAGUCCUGAAUAUCUAGUCCUCGUAAACUAACUCGUUGUCUCUUUAUGUGUUCUCUGCAAUCAAAACUUUUUUUCUCUGUCACCAUGGUGUGAUGGUUUUAUGUGUGUAUGAACCUAAUGGCAAAUUUUCAUUGCAAUUACGGGGUUGAAGAAGUAAUUUGAAUACAAAACUGUAUUUGUAUUGGCUAAGAUGAAUUUUGUAAUUUGUGAUUUCUAAUGAUAUUCCUAUAAAAAGAUCCCGAGGUGUGUGUUUGUAACCUUUCUAAACAAAACCAUUACUGCUAAUAUCAUUUGUGACCCGCCAUGGCAAAUGAGUCACAUGUCACUCCGAGCUUGACAUGUUGAGACGGACUGGUUGUUCAUUUCACUAUUGUCUGCCUUUUUGAAAUCUGAGCAUAUCAAUUUCUUCUAUUAUGUCCAGGUGUCAUUUUAGGCUCAUCUUCUGUGCGACAUGCGACUCAUUUUGCCAUGGUGGGUCACAUUUGGUCUCUGUCACCUAGGUAACAAAAUUAAAUGUCAUCAAGGAUGCGUGUCACAUUAAGCUUCAUCCAAAGUUCACCUGGGUGCAGUGGUGUUUGCCGCACCCUGUAUGAUAUUGAUUGACCCUUUGGGUGCCGGGAUGUAACCCUCUGAUGAGAGUAAUAUAUGUUUGUUCUAAUAUACUAUGUCAAUGCUAUUUAACAGUUUGAGGAGCGACUGGACAACAAGCCUAAGAGGCCUAUGUGUCGCAGACACAUUUCAUCCAGAUAUUUAGCAUCUACACUGUAUGAGUCUUUGUAAUUUGUUGACAACGAAUUCUGUAUCUCCUAACUUACUGAAUCACUUGUUGAUGAAUGAUGCAUUUGUAAAGUGUCAUUUUGAUUAAUA